CCAGACGGCUCCCCGCGGCAAUUUCUGCGCUAGUGGCUGCGCGCCCCCAGUGGUCCGGGUUUGCGCUGAAGUUGGGGAGCCGUGAGGAUGCCCCCAUGGGUGUCGCGCCCCGGCCUGGGCCGCACCUUGGGCUGGCAAGCCACGUGUGCCCGCCUCCGAUCCUCGGCAGAGGCGUCCUAGGCCAGGAGGAGCUGAAGUUCUGCGGCCCCGGCGUCCGCCCCGGGACGGUCCUUUCCGCUGCAACUUUCUCUGGAUAGAGGCCUCCUCUUUGGUGCUGAAGUCACGACCCCAUCGAUUUCUCCUUCCUCCCACCCCUCCCGCUCUCCUGCAGCCUGAGGGAACCCGAGGCGCAAAGGGCUGAGAAUGAGGCGAUAGUGGAGGAUGAAGACAUAGCCUUGGAGCCCCGAGGACAAUGAAACCGACGCCUUUGCUGCAGCUGGCGCUGCUUCUUGUCCUGCCCAGGAGCCUGAGGGGGAAAGGGUGUCCUUCUCCGCCCUGCAAAUGCCACCAGGAGGACAACUUCAGAGUCACCUGCAAGGAUAUCCACCGCAUCCCCAGCUUACCGCCCAGUACGCAGACCCUGAAGUUUAUAGAGACUCAUCUGAAAACCAUUCCCAGUCAUGCAUUUUCAAAUCUGCCCAAUAUUUCCAGGAUCUACUUGUCAAUAGAUGCAACUCUGCAGCGGCUGGAAUCACAUUCCUUCUACAAUUUGAGUAAAAUGACUCACAUAGAGAUUCGGAAUACCAGAAGCUUAACUUACAUAGACCACGGUGCCCUGAAAGAGCUCCCCCUUCUAAAGUUCCUUGGCAUUUUCAACACUGGACUUAGAGUAUUCCCAGACCUGACCAAAGUUUAUUCCACUGAUGUAUUCUUCAUACUUGAAAUUACAGACAACCCCUACAUGACUUCGAUCCCUGCGAAUGCUUUUCAGGGCCUGUGCAAUGAAACCUUGACACUGAAACUAUACAACAAUGGCUUUACUUCAAUCCAAGGACAUGCUUUCAAUGGGACAAAGCUGGAUGCUGUUUACCUGAACAAGAAUAAAUACCUGACAGCUAUUGACAAAGAUACAUUUGGAGGAGUUUACAGUGGACCAACCUUGCUGGAUGUCUCUCAUACCAGUGUUACUGCCCUGCCAUCCAAAGGCCUGGAACACCUGAAGGAAUUGAUAGCAAGAAACACUUGGACUCUAAAGAAACUCCCACUUUCCUUGAGUUUCCUUCAUCUCACACGGGCUGACCUUUCUUAUCCGAGCCACUGCUGUGCUUUUAAGAAUCAGAAGAAAAUCAGAGGAAUCCUUGAGUCUUUAAUGUGUAAUGAGAGCAGUAUUCGGAGCCUGCGUCAGAGAAAAUCUGUGAAAGCUUUAAAUGGUCCCUUCGACCAAGAAUAUGAAGAGGAUCUGGGUGACGGCAGCGCUGGGUACAGGGAAAACUCCAAGUUCCAGGAUACCCACAGCAACUCUCAUUAUUAUGUUUUCUUAGAAGAACAAGAGGAUGAGAUCAUUGGUUUUGGCCAAGAGCUCAAAAACCCCCAGGAAGAGACCCUACAGGCCUUUGACAGCCAUUAUGACUACACUGUGUGUGGGGGCAGUGAAGACAUGGUAUGUACCCCCAGGUCGGAUGAGUUCAACCCCUGUGAAGACAUAAUGGGCUACAAAUUCCUGAGAAUCGUGGUGUGGUUUGUUAGUCUGCUGGCUCUCCUGGGCAAUGUCUUUGUCCUGGUCAUCCUCCUCACGAGCCACUACAAACUGACUGUCCCACGCUUUCUCAUGUGCAACUUAGCCUUCGCAGACUUCUGCAUGGGGAUGUACCUGCUCCUCAUAGCCUCCGUGGACCUCUACACUCAGUCUGAGUACUACAACCACGCCAUCGACUGGCAGACAGGCCCUGGCUGCAACACAGCUGGUUUCUUCACCGUCUUUGCCAGCGAAUUGUCAGUGUACACACUGACAGUCAUCACCCUGGAGCGCUGGUACGCCAUCACCUUCGCCAUGCGCCUGGACCGCAAGAUCCGCCUCAGGCACGCCUACGCCAUCAUGGUUGGGGGCUGGGUUUGCUGCUUCUUGCUCGCGCUGCUCCCUUUGGUGGGAAUAAGCAGCUACGCUAAGGUCAGUAUCUGCCUGCCCAUGGACACCGAGACUCCUCUCGCCCUGGCGUAUAUUAUCCUUGUCCUGUUGCUCAACAUAGUAGCCUUUAUCAUCGUCUGCUCCUGUUACGUGAAGAUCUACGUCACAGUCCGGAAUCCCCAGUACAACCCGGGGGACAAAGACACCAAAAUUGCCAAAAGGAUGGCUGUGUUGAUCUUCACUGACUUCAUAUGCAUGGCCCCAAUCUCAUUCUAUGCUCUGUCGGCACUUAUGAACAAGCCUCUCAUCACCGUUACCAACUCCAAAAUCUUGCUGGUUCUCUUCUACCCACUUAACUCCUGUGCCAAUCCAUUCCUCUAUGCCAUUUUCACCAAAGCCUUCCAGAGGGAUGUGUUUAUCCUGCUCAGCAAGUUUGGUAUCUGUAAACGUCAGGCUCAGGCAUACCGGGGUCAGAGAAUUUCUGCAAAGAACAGCACCGGUAUUCAGGUCCAAAAGGUUACCCAAGACAUGAGGCAAAGUCUCCCCAACAUGCAGGACAACUAUGAACUGCUUGAAAACUCCCAUCUAACCCCAAAUAAGCAGGACCAAAUCUCAAAAGAGUAUAAGCAAACAGUUUUGUAA